AUGAGUUCUCCAACCACUCCACUUAAAAUUAAAUUUUCAAAAUCAUCACCAUUACAUAUUACAAAAACUCCAAUACCCAAUGAACCCAGGUACAUACAGCAAUCACCACAUAGUCCAUUAUUCCCCAUAGAAAUAAACGAAUCACCUAUAGUAAAAGCAUCAUCAAUAAGUCCAAACGUCAGUCUUAAUGCACCUCAUCAAAAUAAUGAAUUUAGUCCAAUUAAUCCACUACUACAAACUAGCAAUGAAGACAGUAUAUCAUUAUAUGAUUCAGAAGAUGAAACAUCAACAUUAAUGGAAAAUAAAAUUUUGGCAUCAUCACCACCAGAUGAAGAAGUCUUGUUGUACAAUAAAAAUUUUAAUAUUAAUAAGAAAUCAUCAUUUUCUUCAAUAAUUAGUAAUUCUAAUUUUAUUAAAGAACAAUUACAAGAUAUUGAAGAUUUACAUUAUAAAUUAAAUAAUAAUUUUAAUUAUUUAGAAAAUGAAAUUUUAUUGAUUAAAAUUCAAAAUAAUGAAAUCGAGGAUAGUAUUGUUAGAUUAAACUAUAGUCAAACAAAUUUAUUAAAUAAAAUUGAAUGUUUAAGUAAUGAACUUCAUCUGCAUUUACCAACCUCAAAAAUUCACAAAGUUUAUGACAAAGAUAAUACAAAUUCAACAACUACUUAUGACAAUCAAAAAUUCAAUUUAAUAAAUACAAAAUUAAGUGAAAAAGAUGAAGAAAUUUAUUUCAAAUUAAAACUAAAUCCAAAAGAAGUUUCCAACACAGUUAAAUCAAGUCAAAAUUUAGAUAUACCAAUAAUAAUGUCAGAAAUAGAAACUACAAAUAAUGCAACUGCAUAUUCAUUUGAAUUAAUAAACACAGAACACCCAAUUAUACAAUUAGAUAAUCAAGGACAAAAUAAUCUACCUCAUUUAGAAGAUAAAAAUUUAAAAAUUACAAAAGAAAUAGAAUUAGAUACUACGCUGGUCGUAGAUAUAGGAAAGAUUGACAAGAUUGUACAUAAAAAAGAUAUAGAAGAUAAUUAUAGAAGUUUAAGUAAUUUAAAUUCAAGUUCAUCAUCACAUAGAGUAUCAAAAGUUGAUUCAAUAAAAGACAAUAAAUCGAAUUUAGAAGAAACAGAAAUUAAUAACGUUAAACAUGGAUAUCCUACAUCAAUAACAACAAAAUCAAAUACUACAAAUGACGCAAUGAAAAUUAUAUUUUCAGCUCUUUUAUUAAUUUUAUUAUCUUAUUAUAUAAGAUCUAAAUUGAUUUAG